AUGGUCACCACCACCACACAUGUACCUACCUCUACGGUAUCAUCUGCAGCAACAGCCAGUUGCACCACUGCGGUGCCUGGCAAGUAUGGCCGUGUUCCUAUUGACGCCUGCAACGCCAACUAUUUCUUCGACCCGAGCUUCGCUGCCAACCUUGCCUUUUGCGUGCUCUAUGGCAUGACAACAUUGGCCCAUAUCACACAGGCCAUUAUUUUCAAAAAGCGAUUCUGUUGGGUCGUCAUCAUGGGUGCAGCUUGGGAAACGAUUGGCUUCACCUUCAAGACCCUAGGAAGUCGGAAUCAGCAGAACUUUCAGUAUGUGCUUUGGGGACAGCUCUUCUUCCUGCUUGCCCCAUUGUGGCUCAAUGCUUUCGUUUACAUGGCAGUCGCACGCAUGGUAUACUUCCGAAUGCCCGACCGCAAGCUCCUGGGCAUCAAGGCCAUUCGAAUGACGGUGCUUUUCGUCUGGAUCGACAUCAUCCUGUUCAUCGUCCAGGGCGGCGGUGGAAGUCUGCUCUCCAACGACGAGGACCAGAACCUGGUUCGGAUCGGACAAAAGAUCUACAUGGCAGGUGUCGGUGUUCAGCUGGGCAUAAUCGUCAUCUUCAGCGGCCUGACCGCUUUCUUCUACUAUAAGCUCAGGGAGAUUGAGGGUCGAGACAUUGGCCGGAUGAAGUGGCUCAUCUGGACCAUGCUGCUUGUCCUGAUCCUCAUCAUCGUCCGGAUCGUUUAUCGUCUCGUCGAGUUUGGUCCCGGUGUCAAUGAACACAACGAUCUCCUCACCCACGAGGGCUAUCCCCUCGGCCUCGAUGCGUUCCCAAUUCUCUUUGCGCUUGUGCUCCUCAACGUGAUGCACCCCGGCUUUGUCCUCCGUGGUCCUGACAGCGAGUUCCCCCACCUCAGCCGCAAGGAGAAGAAGGCUCUCAAGCAGCAGAAGAAGCGGGAGAAGGAGCAGAAGAAGGCAGCCAAAAAGGCCCGCAAGCAGGGUUCGUACGAGCUCGAGAAUGGAUUCAUUGACGAGGAUCGGUCGGGCAGCGGGCGAGAGUUGCUGUAG